AUGGGGUCCCUGGCAGCACUGUUCACUCUGCUCUGUGUUUACGCUCCAGUGUGUGGAGCUGAGGGAUGCAGCGGUUUCAGACACCUGGACAACGGGCAGACGUUUUUCCGUUACGGUGGACUGCUGGUGAUCUUCCGCUGUCGUCCUGGAUACAAGCUCCAUGGAUACAAAACCAACAGCUGUGUUUCUGGGCACUGGUCCCGGGACACCCCUAUCUGUGCAGGGUCUGGCUGCUCUCACCCAGGACCGAUCCCCCACGGGACGAGCAGCAUGAAUGAGGACGGCUCCUGGGCAGUGUUCAGCUGUGAUAGGGGCUUUUGGCUCUUUGGACCUUCAAGGUUGUACUGCAAGGGUCACAACUGGAACAGCACAAAGCCUGUAUGCAGAGAGUCUGACAUGAUGAGCUCAUUGUUAGGUGUGCAUUCACAAAAGCCUAACAUCCAACAGAACCUCCGGGCUGCCGUAGCUCCGAAGACUCAGCAGCAAACCCUCGACGACACUUUAGCUGAUACUCCAUCCAGAGAAGCAGACCUCAGACUUGGCUUGUUGCCUCCUCCGCAAACGUCCAAGAGUCAGAGGGAUAAGGUGACCAAUCCAAAAAUCCUCCUGGAGCCACAAAGCAAGUUACCAAACUUUAAAGUCAAAGAUGGUUACCAAACAAGAUAUCAUGAAAGUCAAGUUCAGGAGACAAAUCAAGUUCAAGUACCAGAAAGAGGAGUUCAUGUCUCAGAGGGAGAAGCUUUAGAAGAAGGAAAGUUAGACACUCAGAUGUUUGCCUCUAAAUCAGCUGACUCUAUUACUGUGUCUUCAUCAGUGUCAGGAACACAGCUAUCAGUAUCUCCAUCCCCAUCCUCUUCCAGAGUCCACACACCAACCAUCACUGCUGCCACGAGCACUGUGCUGUCUGCACCAACCUCACAGCAUCUCCCCACAGGAUCUGCACCUCCUGGGCCUCGGAGCAAUAUGAUGCUGAUGUUUGAGGAUCAUGGUAUUACAACAGAUGAUGUUACUCCCCCUGUAGGAUCAUCAGACUCAACAGAUGAUGUUACUCCCCCUGUGGGAUCAUCAGACUCAACAGAUGAUGUUACUCCCCCUGUGGAAUCAUCAGACUCAACAGAUGAUGUUACUCCCCCUGUGGGAUCAUCAGACUCUUUACAUGCUGCAGAUAGAGAUCAGCAGAUUAAACCUGGCCUCCAGUUCCUGUCUCAGGCUGGAUCUACAGAGAACAAGGAGCCCACAGAGACUUCAUCAUUCACAUUGUUUUCGUCCGCUGCUUUGGUUACCACCAGUUCCUCAUCCUCUUCAUCACCAUCUUCUUCUUCAGUCUCUCCAUCGCCCAAACUCCCCUCCUUUUCCACCCAAAUUUCCUCAUCGCCCUGCUCCACCCAGACCACAAAGAAAACACACCCACCAAACUCCUCCACAGCCGCCCAGCAAAGAUCUCACUGGACUGAAGACCACAACGUCAAACCGUCUCUGCUGAACCUGAUCAGACGACCCGUAUGCCCGUACCCACCUGUACCCGUUCAUGGGACCUUCUACUUUCGUAAUGUGAAGAAUCCAGGUCCCACAGAGUACAGACACUACAUCCAGUAUGCCUGUUACCCUGGUUACACUCUGGCUCAUGGAGACGUGUACAGCUGCUGCCAGCAGGGCCGGUGGAGCGGGAUCACACCUGUUUGUUUAGAAUUGACGCCAUGUUCAGUCAACAAUGGAGGCUGUUCCCAGCUCUGCUCUCACUCCCAGCACUACAACCAGAGCUUCAACCAGACCCAGAGCAGAACCGAGUGCCGCUGCAGACCUGGAUUCAGUCUGCUGGAUGACGGGAGAACAUGUCGUGAUGUAGAUGAGUGUGUGGAGCAGCAGCACCAGUGUCAGCAGAGAUGCGUCAACACGUUUGGUUCCUUCCAAUGCAGCUGUGAUGACGGAUAUCAACAAGCUCCUGACCAGAUCUCCUGCACAGAUCAGGACGAGUGUGCUGAUAAUCAGGGGCUCGGGCCUUGUAUGAAGCGGUGCCACAACACACCAGGAUCAUACCUCUGCUCCUGCACACACGGACAGGCCUUAGCAGUAAACGGACACAGCUGCAUCCCUGAAUGUCCACCUGGAUACAGGAAGCAGCCGACAGUAACACCUGAGAAUACGACUGCAUCAGAUCUGAGGGAGGAGUGUGUCGAUAUUAAUGAGUGCCAGGAGGAGGGCAGGUGUGGGUGGCAGUGUGUCAACCUGCCGGGAACUUACAAAUGCAUCUGUCCCAGAGGAUACACCCUGCAGGGCGACGGGCCACGCUGCAAAGACAUCAAUGAGUGCAGUCGCAGGAACGGAGGGUGUUCCCACGUGUGUGUGAACCAAAAAGGUGGAUAUAAAUGUGCCUGUCCAGCCUCCCAUCGCCUCUCUCCCAACAGCUGGAAGAAAUGUCUGCCGAGGACGACCGCCUCAAAGUCCGGCCCAUGAAUCCACAUGUGCAGCUCUGAUGGGCCGCAUGUCGAGUGUCAAUCCGGCCAAUCAGAGCGAUAACACGGAUUAAUCAACAGUGAUUAUGGAUAAAUGACAGGUUGACUUAAAAUAUUUUAUUACUGUCCGAGCUAAAUGUAUUAAAAACAAAACUGUUCUGAUGAA